GACCGCAUCAUGGUGUCCCUGACGUCGCUGCUGGUGCUGUCCACCUUCUUCAACCAGGUGAGCCAGACGAUCCCCAGGACGGCCUACCUCAAGCUCAUCGACGUGUGGUUCCUGGCGCUCAUCUGCCAGCAGUUCUUCAUCAUCCUGGCGCUCGUGCUGAUCGAGACCCUCCGCCUGAGGGCCUCCUCCGCCCCCGCCCCCGCCCUGCGUGUCUCUCCGGUGGGGGGCUUCGUCAAAACCGACAAGGCCUUCGCCAGGAGGAAGCCCGUCUUGUCUUUGGCUCUCAGGGCGAACAGGAGUAUGCGCUUUCUCUUCGCUCUCUCCCUGGUGACGCUCCUGAGCUGCUUCAUCCCCGUGUGCGUGUACAGCCUCACCGCUUCAAUACGGCCGAAGUAAUGCUGCAUUCCCCCUGCGCCUUCGCUCUGUGGCGGGCGUGGCCGAUGGGGGACUGAGGAGUCGAAGCCCGGGUCAGGUUCUUGGUCACUGUGUCUGAGGAGGAACUGCAGGCCCGGGGAUUCGCAAAUUGGAUGAUCGUAUCUUUCGUAACGCGGCACGUCACUCUAGGGAUUCAGAAUUUUGGAUUAAAGUGUUUCGACUUUUUAUUAUUAUUAUUUUUUAAGAUGAUGAAAACAAUGCAAUUAUAGUAACGCUGAUUAUAGAAUAUAGUGCAAGUAAUGAUGA